CGGACCAGGAGGCACCGGAAGGUGGCAGUGGCUCCGCCAAAGGUGGCGGCAUGGCGGGCUGGGGGCUGCUGGGCCGGCUGGGGGGCCGGCUGUGGGUCGCGGCGCCGGGGAGGCCGCUUUGGGCGGCGGCGGCUUCUGGCCACAGGGGGCAGCUGGGCUGUCUAGUCAGGCACAUUAACAGCACAACGUGGUGGCACGAGCAUCUUUCUGAAGAGAAUGUCGAGUUCCUCAAGAAGAUGGCUGUGGAGGAAUACAAAGCUCAGACAGCCAGCAAGCUAUGCCCUCUGAAAGAUGAGCCAUGGCCACUGAAUGAGUGGAAACCAGAUUCCGUGAGAGUUGGUGUUGUUGCAGUAAAACUGGGAAUGAUGCCAAUAUGGACCAAGUCAGGAAAAAAACAUGCUGUCACACUACUUAAGGUGCAAGAUUGCCACGUUUUAAGAUACGUUUCAAAGGAAGAGUCAGGUGGAAAAACACCUAAGCUACUUGUUGGAGGCAAAAACGUAUCUCCUUUUUCUAAAUCAGAGUCUGCAAUGGAAAUUUUUAAAGAAGCUGGAGUACCGCGGAAGCAGAAAGUUACAACAUUUAAUGUAACAGAUGAUGCCAUAAUUAAACCAGGUACUCCUUUGUAUGCUGCUCACUUCCGCCCAGGGCAGUUCGUGGAUGUUACUGCAAAAACAAUAGGGAAAGGAUUUCAAGGUGUCAUGAAAAGGUGGGGGUUUAAAGGCCAGCCUGCUAGCCACGGCCAGACGAAAACUCACAGACGUCCUGGAGCAAUAUCUACUAAUAAAGCUGCCAAAGUUUAUCGUGGAAAGAAAAUGCCUGGUAAAAUGGGUAACAUCUAUAGGACAUCUUUUGGAUUAAAGGUGUGGAGGAUCAACACAAAACAUGACAUUAUUUAUGUAAACGGGUCUGUUCCAGGUCACACAAAUUGUCUGGUGAAGGUCAGAGAUACGAAAUUGCCUUCUUACAAGGACUGCAAUAAAAACCCUCCAUUCCCUACAUUUUUUGCUGAUGGAGAUGAAAAACUACCAGAAGACUUGUAUGAUGAGGAGAUUUUCCAGUUCACGGAUCCAUCUAUCACAUAUGCAUAAUGUUCUUCACAUCUUUGAAAAAACAGAAUUUUGUUAUUUCCAUGAACUUUGCAAUGCUAUAUAAGAGUAAACCUAUGAAUUUCAGUCUGACCAACUGACUUGAACACUUCAGAUAUUGCCAUUUUGGUAGGUAAUAAGAUUUACCACUGUCAAUUUCAAACUUGUAUUUAAAGCAGCAGGUGAGACUGAGGGGAGGGUUGUAAAGCACACCAAACAGUGUGUCUGCAGUGAUCUGUAGAUCUUCUCUACAGAGCCUCUAUCACAAGCUGUGAAAAGUUACGCAUUGCUGGAAAACUGGUUUAUUUGAAGAUGGUUCCAUUUAAUUUUCUGAAUGCUACCAAACUUUCUGUUUCUCUUUUGUGGAAAGUAUUCCUGCCAGCUCUGAUAAUCAAAAAAACCUUUCAAAUCUGCUUUGGCAUCUGGGGGUCCAGAUAAAUCAGAUGUGAGUCCAAAUUCGUGAAGAAUAACCAAAAAUAAAACAGGAAAAUGCA